UUCAUCGACGAUUCCAUCUCUCCCCUCCUCUUCUCUCUCUCUCUCUCUCUCUCUCUCCCAUUCAAAUUUUCACUUCACCGAUCCUUCAACCCUGUCUCCUCCUCCAAAUUCUCCACCCAAAAUCCCCAAAUCCUUAAGGGUUAUGGUUCAUCUGCAAUCCCGAAUUCGAAUUCCUUCUGCGUUGAUUUGGCCCUAAUAUCGGUUUCGCCAUCCUAGGGUUACCGUUGCAGGUCCCAGAAACCCUAGAAGCCAAAUGCGAGGGUCCCGAUGAAGCGCGAGCACGAUCAUUCCCCGGCGGCGUCCGCGCACUGCGGGGAGUGCGGCGGCGGGAGCUCGGCCGAGGAGCGCUGGCUGCUGCACAACGUCCGACACAAGGCGACCUACCGCCGCCUCUGCACCCACUGCGUCCUCAACUGCUUCCGGGGCCACUUCUGCCCUGUCUGCCUCGACGUGUUUGACCCAAUCGACUCCCCUCCCCGCCCCAACCAGCGGGUCAUGUGCCUCAACUGCCCCUCCAUCUCCCACCUAUCGUGCGCCACCUCCAACUCUGGCGGCCAUCCCUUUCAGUGCCCCUCCUGCUCCAACCCUAACUUCUCCUUCUUCACCCUCAGGACGGUUCCCGCCUCCAAUAAGAGGAUUAAGCCCGAGGCCGAGGCCGAUUGCAGUUUGGGUGGCGGCAGAGACGGUGACAUCCAGGACAGGAGAGCCAUUGAUAAGGAGUCGGCCAAGGCGUUAGUGGCGGCUGCGAGAAUAGCCGCUGCCACCAUGAGCAAGGCGGCUCACACUGCCAGGAUAGAGGCGGAGAGAAGGGUGAAGGAGGCGGCAUUGGCGAGGAAGCGGGCAAGGGAGGCUCUGGAGAGGGUGGCAUUCCUGUCUCUGAAGGAGAAGGAGAGGGAGCUGAAAGUGACUGCCAAUGGUGGUUUGGGGAUAGUGCAGGAGCAGAAGAUGAAGCCCCGGGUUACAAGUUCAGUCCUAGAGAAUAAUCAGGCUCAGGAUCAGAUUCCGAGUCAGGGGGCUGAUCGGUUGGGCGGCGUGCCUGUUAUGGGGAAUGCGCAAGGAGAUAAGGGGACUAACGGGUUGCACUCAGUUUUGCCAGUUUCUGCUCAGAAUCAGCAGAAAAACCACCUUUGUUGAGAUAACUACGCGUGAUCAUCAAUGGCUGAACUCGGUUUUCUUGUGGAGUUGAUUGAAGUGAUCCUUUGCCUCCUGUGAGUUGGUUCAAUAUUUCACCAAUGUUGCCCCUUAUCUAUUCGUGACAGCCUCGUAGUUGAGUUUGAUGUGCAAAGGAGAUUUGUAGGAUUAGGUUAGAAUUUUCCCAUUCUGUAUCAAGGCUUUCCCGUGUAUGAAUUAGGAGUUGGCUAGUGUUGAUUCUCUGCUUCCAAUUUGUACCUUAUGAAGCCCAUAAUUUUUAUUUCAAAGAGUUGGUUUCGAAGUUUCAUUCUUCGUCCUGGUCUCUUAUACAUCAUUUGACUAUUGACUA